AUGGCCCGGCUGCAGAAGUUCACUAGCAACUGCCCUUUCGCGGCGCCGCACGCCAAGCCCGGGGAGGAGCCCGAUGCGCGGGGAGGGGGACAGCAGCGUUUGACUCUGACGCCCGCCGCCGCCGCCCCGCGCCCGGAAUCUACAGUCGCACCGGAUCCGAGGCCGUUUCUGACAUUUGCCUGCGCCGUGACUCAUCUCCGCGCGGAGAAGAAAGGGGCCUUUGUGGGCAUCCCGCGAGGGCCGCGGCCGGCCGUGUCCUGGGCAGCACUGCCCCCCGGUGGCCGGGAGCGCGGUGGAGGGCGCGGGAGACGGCCCUGGGGGCCCGCGCCAGACCCCACCCCCGUGUGCGGGCCCGCGUCCUGGGGCCGGAGUCUGUCCGGGGAAAGCGGGAAGAGCGGUCUCCAUCUCCCCGAGGCCGGGGGCCUGGCCCGGGGGAAAGCCUCCACAAGGGAGGGAAUGGUUUCUCCCGCCCCUGGGAACGGUAGCGGAUGCUGCCAUUCCUGUUUCCCCUGGGCCACCUGGAGUCAACUGCUGAUGAUGACAGUACAUUAUGAAGGUGACUUCUCGCAUCUCUGCCUCGGGACAUUCCUUGGAUCCAAAGCCCACACGGGGGUGGGGUGGGGGGGUGCAGCUCUGAAGUGCCAAGGAUUUGCCGGUACCACAGAUGUCUGGGGCUGUCUUGCCAGGUCUUGGGAUCAAGCCACAUGGCCCACUUGAGGGCUGGUGAGGGGGGAUGCAUGGGGAGCCUUGUAAAACCAGCCUGGACCAUCCUUUCUAGCACCUACCAGAGUCUAACCGACCCCGAGGAAGAAGUAAAUAGCCCCAUGACGUUUUACAGAGGUCAGAGAAUGGCUCCAGCCUCCAGAGGAAGCUAAGGCUGGAUGUCACCACAGAGCAGCUGGGGCCUGAGGACGACGCCACACUGUAUAUGGAACCUCCCAGGAAAGGCCAGGAGGGACGGACGGUGCGUGUGCAGCCCCUCCUCUGGAUUCAGGCCUUCCAUCCGCUGAGGCCUGGGAUCUUCUCCCUGUGCCCAGAC